AUGCCGUAUAACAAAAAAGGACUAUCACGUGCACUACAAUCUCAUUAUCACAGUAUGCUGCGUGCUGUUUUAACACUGAUCAUAUCCUUCUAUCAUAUAGGUGCUGCUGAUCAUAAUUGUACCUUUUAUACAUCCGAGGCAUGGUGUAAUUCAUCCUAUAACGGUUAUCAUAUUAUCACGAAAACGUUUGUAGAUCGUUGUAGUCAGCCACCGCAAGCUUUGGUACAAAUUAGGGCACCACAAUUCACUGUGGUACAUGACCAUGUGUUUAAAGAAGGUGAAGCUGAAAUUAAUGUCGAUCGAUGGACUGGAGUGACUGCGCAUGUGCUCAUCAGACGAGAAACGUUACACGGCUUACGAGUACAGAUGGACUAUCAUGUUUAUAGCCUAUCAAAGGGUGUGGUUUAUGAUCAUAUGUUUGACAUAAGCAAACAUAACUGUCCUGCUCUUAACGUAGUGGAAGAUGGUCUUUCUCACCGAGGCAAAAUAGCAAUUGGGAUCGUCAUAGCUGUAUUAUUCUUUGCCGUGGUAACUACCAGUCUCCUGCUGUACUUGAAGACAAGGCGAUCGUCAAAUUUACGGAAGAACUCGCUUGUGGUGAACAUGCAAAUAGACGCCGUCGAAAUGCCAUCGCGACCCAACGUCCAUUACAAGAAUACCGGUGAAUGCCAUAGGGAACCGAAGAAAAACGACCCGAACGAGCAUACAACAACCAAUAGCGGAAAGAGAGACAAAACUGUUGAUGUUUCACGUACAUUGCCAGUGUCGAAGCCAGCCGCCGACGAGCGUGUACCUUAUAAGAACACCUCCUUGCGAUACGUGAUGGAUGACCGAUGGCUGACAUCGUCUAUUGUGAGAACAACUUGUCUAGAGAUUGGAUAA